AUGUUUUGCGGAUGUUCGAAAUUCUUAGUGAUCAAUAUCCCACUAGAAAUAUCAAUAAUCGUCGAGUUUCAUUAUUUUUCGCUCAUUGAAACGCCGCAUCGAGUAUCUACAUCUCGCACGGAGCUGGAGAGCGGUGCCGAACCUACGAGUGUCAAGGUAAUGUCGAUUUUCGGUGCCCACAAAGCUAGGAUCACUAAAGCCGCCAACGCAAUCCGCAAGAAGAUCGCGGAGUUUGACGAGGCCAUCUUGGAGCCGUUGGAUUUUACCAUCGAGGCAGGUAGAGAUCCACAGCUUGUUCUUAGUCGUAAAAGUUUGCUAUUUUUCCAUUUUACUUCUUUCGGUCGUACUGUUGAUUCUCUUCGUGCCCAGCGAGAGAAGGCCGAGGAGUUUGCUCGGCAGCACCCUGACGAGAACGGCGAGUUCCCCCUCCUCCAGCAGAUUCAGGACCAUUGGGAUGCCAGUGGACUGGAUGACCUUGUGGAGGAGGCCGAAACUCUCCGGGAUCGUGUUGAUGCUGCCAUCAAACUUCUGCCAAGCUCGGAGGCAUUAUACUACUUUCGCACUUCCACUGUUCCUCCCUCUCUUGUUAACCCUACCCCCAACCCCACCCGAGACCCCAUUUAUCCCCAGCAGCUCGCGCCAGAUGUAAGAAUGGAAAUCGCAAGCCAUUCUUCAUCGCACAAUAGGGAUCGUCCAGCUGAUCCCGAGGCAGUCGUGCCAGCGCGUCCAGCACCCCCGCCAGCACGCGCGCCAAGUGUCGCGCAAGGAUUCGACAAUCCCUCCCAUGACCCUUCGGCCCACCCAACUUUUGUGAAUCCCCCUCCAGUUCAUCAGUCGAAUCCAUUCAGUUCUUUUUUAGUCCCCAAUGUCAAUUCUUCCCCUUCAUCCGUGGAACAGACGUUGAAGUUGCCUACGUUUGAGAUUCCGACCUUCCAUGGCGACAUCGACAACUUUUUGGAGUUCUGGGAUCUCUUCUCGGUAGCCGUGCACAAUAACAUCAAUGUGCCAGCAUCGAUGAAAUUCAUGUACCUCAAGUCACAUCUGAGAGGACCAGCCGCGAGCAUAAUUGCCGGUUUUCAAUCGACGGCAGAAAACUAUGAGGAUGCAGUACGUACCUUGACGAAUACGUACGGUAGACCAGAGAUCCUCCGCAAUAGGCUGUGGGAUAAGUUGAUGCAAUUGCCACCAGCAUCAGAUUCGCCGAUGUCGCAACGCGCGACAUUUUGUACCGUCAAGGCUAUAUGGACCCAGCUUACACAUCUCAAGGAGGACUCUAGUGCUAUCGGUACUCUCAAGAUUAUUCGUGCUAAAUUCCCGAGACGGACGCGCGAAAAGAUCGGCGAAUACAAGACCAAGGGAGACGCGAUGUGGACAGUUGACGAGUUACUUUCGACGUUGGAUACCAUCAUCGACAGAUUGGAAACUAUUGAGGAUGCUGACCCAUCAGAACACUUUGCGUAUAACUCCCAGGCAUCAGUCCGUCAUGAUUCUUCUUUGCCACGUAGGUAUCCGAGCGUGAGCCGCACGGAUUCAGCGUUUACGCGCUAUCGUACGUCAUCGUACUAUCCCAGACGUCCGUCGGUAUCGCGCACGCCAUCACCCUACAGUAGGCAUAACAGACCUCCGACCCCGUAUUACCCUCGUAACGCGUCGCGCAGCCCUAGCAGACCACGCUAUGCGAUUCCUUACGAACCAUACUGCGCCUUUUGCCGUGAUCCUGGACAUCCAUCCGAACGAUGCAACAUCGUGCGAGACGUAGCACAACGCAGAUCCAUUCUUGUUCGUUACAGAUUGUGUUGGUUGUGUUUACAGCGAGAUCACGGAUACGCUCAGUGUGAUGCGCCAUUGUGUGAGUACUGCGGUAGGAUACACCAUAGAGCUCUCUGUUGGAAUCCUCCGCGCGCACGUACGCCACCACUUCCAGCGAAUGGAAACACCAGGCGUAGUCUCGAUAGGUUUUACUCUCCGAGACGUGUGCAAUUUUACAGAGAGACUCAGGGAUCAGUGCCGCGCGCAUAUCGAGGUUACUCGCGCGCAUCGUCAUCGCGUAACUCUUAUCCUAAACCGCCAUCACCAUCUAGGCGACAACCUUCUACUUCACCGGCUAGACGCGCCUCUUCGGCGCGCAGGUCGCGUAGUAUUUCCGCAGUACACAGCGCCACCGGUACUCCUGAUCAACCCGUAGCUAGCGUGGACGCGCAAGCAGAGCCCUUGGAUCAUCACCGAAUUCGCGUAGGCUCUCAUUCACCAUCAUCCUGUAUAUCUGUGUGUUCGCAGGAAUCAGCGCAACCGCGCUUGAUGGUAGUCCAUGCAGUUACGAAGAAUUAUAAGACGGAUACGGAUGAGUUGCUCACAGUCUUCUUAGACAGUGGCUCUCAAUUUAGUUUCAUUUGUACCUCGUUAGCCAAACAUCUAGGCUUAUCAUUUCGUAACACCAGGACAUUUACGACUCUGACGUUCGGCGGUCACCAAUUCACGGAAGAAUCGUCAGAGGUUACACUCAUACUCUGGGACCAGUAUAACUACCCGAUCUAUCUCGAUCUAUGGACGCGCGAGAGGAUCACGACAGUCCCACGGACCAACACCCAGAACGACAAAGACAUCGUCGAUUUAGGAGACAGAGUGGAAGUCGAUGUACUAAUCGGGAUAGAUAAUUAUUGGCGUAUUGUGGACCUGCACAGGAAUGAGAAGUUACCAUCUGGCCUCAUACUGUCGCACACCAGAUUUGGACCCGUCUUGUCUGGGCAGAAGCAUCCACCUGCCACGAACACCCUGUUAGCUACAAAGACUCCUCUUGAUGACGACGAAGUUGCAACCCACCAGUUGAUCAAGAGUCUUUUCGGCUUGGAUCUGGUUGCAACGGAAGAGGAAGAGAACACAGAAGAUGCUAAUACCAUCAAGCAUUUCUACGAUACCGACCUUUGGGAGCUCGGAUAUGGAUGGGAUGACAGCCUUACCGACGAAGAUAUCCAGAAAUGGAACGCGAUCGUGCAGGAUAUUAGCGGUUUUCAGCUAAGCGUACCGCGCUACAUUGGUGAUACCUUCGAGGAUGCAUAUGACCUGGUCGUAUGUUCUGACGCGUCUAAACGCGUUCACGCUACUGCCAUCUACAUUUUGACGCGCCCUCGUCGCGGUACACCUCGAUCUACUUUGCUUUUCGCCAAAGCAAAGUUGGCCCCUCCCGGUGCCAUCACGAUACCGCGCAUGGAACUCUUAGCUUCCCAUAUGGCAGCUAAGACAGUACAGUUUUUGAGGGCCCAGCUGAAGGUCAGGUUCUGCUCGAUCAAGUUUCUAACCGACUCACAAAUAGUCCUUUAUUGGAUUCACUCUCAGAGACCACUUAAGACCUAUGUGGUUAAUCGCGUCAAGUAUAUUCGUCGUGUGUUGGACGAGCUGGAAACAGAGAAGAUCGCCACUGGAUUCUACUAUUUAGCCACGCAGACCAACCCAGCGGAUUGUGCUACUAGAGGAGUGACAGCCUCGGAGCUGCAACACCACAUUUGGUGGACAGGCCCUACCUUUUUUGCGACGCCCUUUUCACAAUGGCCAUGCAAGUCUUUCCAGCCAUCACAGCCCAUACCACCAGGAGCAGAAUCGGAAGAACUUCGCAUACCUGAGGCGGUCGUAAAUUCGGUUAGUGGUACCCAAGAGGCGUAUACGUCCUUUGUGCCGUUUACGCGCACCAACUCCUACGUGAAGCUAGUCCGUAUAACAGCGUACAUUCUUAAAUACGUGACUAAAUUGCGUCAUAGAGUCAGGACGCGCAAUCAGCGCGAGGCCCAGGAAGAACGUUUUCCAUUCAACACGAUGAAUAUCACACCCACGAUAACAUCGGACGAUUUUAUGGCAGCUGAGCUCGUGCUCAUACGAGAGCACUACCGUGAGAGCCAGCGCCAAAUGAACGGUACGUAUGUGAAGAAGCUCCACACUAAGCGCGAAACGGAUGGUACUAUAAGAGUUGAUAUGCGCAUGGUUAACGCGCAGACGAGCGAUACGAUGAAUUCGGUAAACCCGAAUGCGAAUGCGGCCAUUCGACCAAUCGAUCUGAUAUCACCUAACUUCAAGAUAGCACGACUCAGGGACACUUUACCACGAAAGAUCGCGCAUUCGACGAACGAUAGUUACCAGGCGUUGAAUACGCGCUAUAGGAUUUUGCUGAGCGACUUGGACUGUUUUUGGAACCUCUGGCAGCAAGAAUAUCUGAGAGCGUUAGCAGAUAGAGAAGCUUUACGCGCGAAAUCCCGUCCUUCUGCAAAAUCACCGCGAGUUGGCGAAGUCGUACUUGUGAAACAGGACGCGCCGAGAUCCAGCUGGCCGUUAGGACUUAUCCUGGAACUUCACACCUCACCAGACGGCAAUGUAAGAUCAGCCAAAAUCAGAACAGGCAGAAGAAGAGUAGUCGACCGCGCAGUAAAUCACUUAUUGCCAUUGGAGAUAAUCGCGGAAGACGAAGAAGUAGAGCGUACUGGUAACAGCCGCGCGAAGGCGCAGCAGCAACACCAUGGAUUGUUUAGGAAGUGA